AUAUUUUGUUCAUUUUAGGCCCAUCUGCAAUACUUAUUAUAUGUCAGUGCAUUGCAUAUAUUGUACAAGGGACCCCAGAUGAUCCGGAUACUCAUUCUUUAAGCUACCUUCCGUUUGUGGAUGAUAAUACAACUCAACUUGACAACUCAUACUACAGUUAUAGUUAUGGGUCAGCGGACAAUUCAGCUGAACCACCAGACUGUUGGAAUAGGGAUAAGACGCCUUGGCAGCAAUAUGUCUUUAUGAUUGUACCAAUGUUGUUAUUAUUGGCAGUGAAUGUGUUCUUCUUGACAAUGAUUUUGAAAGUUCUACUUCCAAAGAUAAAAACAAGUGGACAAAAUAAUAUCAGGAAUCAUUUGAAAAUGUUGAAAUCUGCGGUUGUUUUGGUUGUUCUUCUUGGAACCGUUUACAUAGUCUUCCUGAUAGAGCCACAAAUCAAAAAUGUGACGCCGCUGGCUAAAUACGUAAUGAGUGUAAUUAAUACAACACUUCAAGUCACGCAGGGACUGGCCGUUGCAAUCCUUUACGUGUUCAUGAACUCGGAUGUACAGACUAAAGUAAGCACUGAAGCAAGGAGAUUUUCAGACAGACGUUUGUCGUCCAUCAAGGGCCUUUCUAUGAGACAAAACGGGAGCACUUCUGUUCGAGCCAAGUUAAAUCGACGUCUGAUGCAUCUGAGACUAAGGAGCGAUUCUAGACAACGAAGUUCUUUAUAUGCUAAUAACAAAACACAAACUUUCUCUGUAAGUGAAUCAUCAUCAAACGACGCAAAUGGUGGAAUUCAUAUCGCUAGAAUUACAGAUCUUAAUUCCAACGGCGGUAUUCCGAGAGAUUCAGCAACAGAAUGCAAUGAUGAACAUCAUAGUGAUGAUGUGUUUCAGGAAACGUCACUCAUUCAAAUAGACAAUAACACGAACGGACAUGCUAAGUUACUGGAGGAAAGUGGAACUGGUGAAAAACUUUCUGAAGAAGAAGAACUCAGCCAAGCACUUUUGAUUGAUGUUCAUCUUUGAAAUAAAAAAAAAAAGUAUAAUAACUUUGACGCCACUCAAGAGGGCAGCAAAUACUUUUUGUGGAGUACGUUUCCUGAACAAUUGAUCUUCCACCAUUAUCAUUUCCGUCACUAUUUUAUUCGAGCAAAGCUCUAUCUGAACAAUGAAUAGGUUGAUGCAACAGAUGCAACAUCUCUAUCCGAACUUGUUUUCGUAAUCGUUUCUUUAAAAUAAAAAAAAUCAGUCCAGUUAGAAGUAAUCACCGCCUUCAGACAAUGGAUUAAAUAUUCUUUAAAUAAAAUGUCUUUUCAUACAAUUUUGUUUAAAUCGUGUUUUGUUUUCUGUAUCCUUUUUGUUUUGGAAUGCCGAACCCACUUUUAUUCGGCGCAAAAUUAAAUACUUUAUAUUACAAUUUAUGUAUAGAUUGUUCUCCCGUUAGUUGGAGUUACUCUUAGAUAUGUAUUUCAGGGAUGGCCAUUUUAUAAACAGAGACUGAUUUAAAAUUGUAAAUAAUAUUAAAUAUCUUGAUGCUAAUAGUUACAUUAUUGUACAGAAAAUAUAAAAAGUACUUAACACACCUUUUAUGAAGUAUUAGUUAAGUUAAUGAAUAAGAUUCCAAUAAUGUUGUUUUUCAUUUUAUAUAAGAAUGUAAUGUUCAGCUUAUUUUUUAUUAAUUAAAAUCGAUACUUGAAAAUUAAAUGCAAGAGACAUAAAAUGUGAAUAUUAUGGGAAGGAAGAUUUUGUGAAAGGGUAUCCAAUUGCUGAUCGUCGCGAUUUGUUAACGGCAUGUUGUGUUGUAUGUAAGUCCAGGUUUCGUGUAAAUUGUGCGACACGACCGUUGGUGAGAAAAUGAUGAGGAUAGUGUGAUCGAUUUGAUGAAGUAAUAGCGGUGGUGUGAUCCGUCUAAGAUGUAAGAGUUGGUGUGUACUAGUAUUUAAUGGAGAGGUUGUAAGCGGUAAGUGAAUAGUGGGAUGCGAGAUGUGAUGAUGAUGUACUGUAUGAAAGCGUAGGAAAAUUGGUGAUAUGAUAGUGUUGUUGAUACGAGAUGCGAUGAUUAACAAAUUAUGUAAAUUGGUGAUGUGAUUUAUAUAAUAAUGUUAAUGAUGCGAUGACUAUGAAUGGUAUUGUGGUACAAAAGUAGUCAACAGCGGUUUUUGGUGCUGGUAUGGGAAGUGGUGAUGUGAUCAGUGGUAAUGUGAUGACAUGGUUGUAAGUUGACCUUUUUUGUGGUGGCUUUGUAACCGAUAAUAUUAGGCCUAUUUUAGGUGGUUUAGUGAUGUUAAGCCCUGCAAGCACCAGUGGUCGGAAGGGAGCACAUUAUGUCUUCAUAUAUGUCCCCAUAAUAAUUUUAUGAGCAUGAUAUAUCUCCAUAUAUGUCUCCAUAAUAAUUUCAUGAGCAUAGUGUUUCGCUCCAGGCCCCGUCAGGUCUUCGCCUCUGCAUCCUUAAGAACCCCGUCUGUGCCUAACCCCGGCCCCGUUUUGCCUAACCAUCUGAUGUCUUAGGCGGUGGUGUGACGGUGGUAUGCCUUUGAGUUGAUUUAUUAACUCCAACGAUACAUUAAAUGUGUUAAUCGUUAAUGUACAGUAUAUACCUGGACACAUACAACAAUACUUGCUUAUACGUAUUCAAUUAUAUUGUUAUGAUAAACAUAUGCAUAAAUAAUGCAAAAUUGUAUAUAUAAUCAGCUAUAUAGGCGUGCUGUAUAUGAUACAGAUUAAUACACAACCUUAAACAUAUCCCGCCCCAUGUAAUACCUGUUAUAAAUAUUGCCCACAUGCCGAAAUAUUUAUCAACAUAGGCCUAUCAAUUUACAACCAGCAAUAUUGUUUAAAAGCUGAACCAAAGCUAAACGUAUUUUCUACAAUUUGAUAAAUAUUAUAUGUGUCUAAUGCAUUAAAUUUUAAAAUACAUAAUGAUAUAGUUCCCUAAUCACCCUUUCUUUUCUGUAUGUAGCAGAAUAAUGGCACCAAUAUAUUGCAUGCUCCUUUAAUCUUCUGGAUAUGAAUAGGAGAAAUAGUGAUAAUCGUUAACAAUAAUUGUUAACGAUUUUCACAAUUUCUCCUAACAAACAAAAUUAAUUAUUACUUUUGUUUUUAUCCUAUACGAUAGAAGGUAUCCAAUACGUGUUGGCCUACUAAUUAUACACAGUUAAUGUUUGCUAAAUAUCAUCGUUUAACGAUGUUCGUCUAAACCAGUAAAUUUAUAGUAGGCCUACCACAAUUAAUUAUAUUCGAGCUACAUAUCGUAUCAUUUCUUUAUCAAUCGCAACUUAAUUACAUAACUAAUUGUGGACAUGUGGAUUGACACUUGAAUCUGGGUUUUGUUUUGUUUUGUUUUGUUUUUUAUUGAUAGUAAUAAAUUAUAAAUUUCGGUGUCUUCUUUACAUGUUUACCAUAGAUUUCGCUGUAAUCGAACACAAUUCAUUCAGUACUGUAUACUGUUAACAUGACGUCAUAUCACCGUUCACUAUCUCUUGUCAUACGGUACUUUAUUCUUCAUUUGGAUGGUCGAAAUAAUAAUGUUGUUAAAAUUUAUUCUUUUUCGUCAUCCAUUAAAAACUACUGCGCAGGAAUUAGCCAAAUUUAAAAGAUAAAGAGGAUUUUACAAGCAAAAUAAUGGAAUGGUAUCAUGCCAGCAGUUGCAAGACUACUGUACUAAUACUUUAUUGUUUGAUAAUAAUGAUAUGCACUUUCUGUCUUCAAAAUAAAUUUAUUAAUUGCUUUCAUCUGCUUAGUGAUGCUUAAACAAUUAUAGUUGCUUGCCGAUUAGUUUGGCAUUUGAUAGUUUAUAUAUGUUUUCUGUCGGCGGAUCGCUAUCAUCCGCGGCGCUCCUGUGUCAUUUGUGGUGACGGAAUUCCUGUCCCGACGGGGUAAUUUUACUAGGCACUGAAUAGGACCUUAGGAAAAAUAUAGAGCCAGUUGUAAAGCGUUUUGUAAUGGGUCGUUGUCGAAAAGUCAAUGGCGUUUGGAUGAUGGCGGCAGCGUCGUUUGUAUAGGCUUACAGCAAUGUUGUCUUCAUGGCAUGGUGUUCAGUCUGAUGACGCUUUCACGCGUGCCGACUGUCAUCUACAGUAGAUGACGCUUUAACGCAACCACGUUAUCUCACGAAUUCCUGAAUUACUUAACGUAUGAUUGAGCCUCUAAUACCCCGUAUUUCAGCACGAAUUCCAACUCGAUUAUCAACGUGAUGAACUGUUAGAUUUACAAAAAAAAUCAUAUUUUGAUGAAUAUUAUUCAAUAAUUCGCUGUCAUUCGGUUAGUCCGACAUUAACCACCAACAGGCGCGCAAUUUCAGUGCUGCGAGUUAUAAUGUGAGAUUUAAUCUAAGGGUUGUUAUAAGUCGAAACAGUAACGUAUUAGAAACAUUAAAUACAAACAUGGCAUAUAAUUAAGCUGUUUGAUUAAUUAUGUCUGUGUGUUUUAAUCUGUUGAGUACGAUUGUGUAAUCUAAAGUCCCUUUCACAUUAUUUGAAAAAAAAAAUGUUAUGAAUGUACAAGCAAAUUCGUUAUAUUAUUACUGUAUCAGACUGUUUCCGCAUACCGCACGAUAUUAAAUAUUGUUUAAUCUUUCUGGCAUUAGAUUUACUUUUAUUGAGAGGAGGAAUCAUAAUUUAAAAAGACCUGUGCAUAUCGUGGCAAGAAGGUUUUAGUAUAUAUAAUAUAUUAAUUAUAAUUUGUAUAUUAUAUUUUAUUACGUAGGCUUAAGUUGAUGCAAACUACAUACAAACAAAGGUAGGCUAUGUAUAAGGACCCUUCAUAGAAAUAAUUGUGACUUUUUAAGGUUUUAUCUGGCCUGCAACAACCUUCGGGUGUAUAUUCAAUUCAGAGAAUGUAUUAAAGAAUCUCAAUUUAGUAUACUCUACCGGCCUCUAAGGUUUCGCGGACAGGCACUCACCUUGAGAGAGUUGGAAGGUUCAAAACCUCCGAAAGUACUUUUUACAAAUCAAAUAAAAUCAAAUCAACAUUUAUUUCUUUCACAAUUAUUAUAACGAUUAAAAAAUAAUUAUUAACAAAUAUUUAAGGUAUUUAUAUAUAAUAUUUUAGUAAAUAUAAAUUAAAUGGAAAGAGGCAUGUGCCCUGUAAGUAAAAUUAAUUGGAAACAAAAUCCAAUUAAAACUUGUGAUGGGCUAGGCAAUAAUAAGAUCUUAUAGAUAAUAAAUAAAUAUAUAAUUACGAAGAACAAUAAAUAUAGUCCUAGACAUAUAAACAUAAAGAGGAAGCACAAUUAAUUGAUGUAAAUCAUAAAUCAUAAAAAACACGACUAAGUAUUACAUUAAUUGUAAUUAGAAAGGAGGUAUUUUUGAAAUUUCUAUGAGAAUAGUUUACUUGUGGGGGACAAUGUUAUAUUGUUAGGAAGAUUGUUAAAUAAUUUGGUACCGCUAUAACGGAUAUUAUAACGGAUAUAAUACCUGCUGAUAGGGAACAUUUCAUCGAAGGGCUAUUGCUUGAUAAGAUGAUAACAUAAAUUCAUUAUUUGAACACUAUCAUUAUCUAUCUUUAUUAUGUUCUACCAAUUGUCAACCAAAAAAAAAAAUUCAAUUGUAGGCCUAUGAAAGAAAGCAUAAGAGUUAGAUUUGCGCCAUUUUUAAUGUACCGGUACGUAGUGUGUGGUAUGAAGUUUGCACAGUAAAAAUUCGUUUACUUUUUCAAAUAAAUUGCCCGUUAGCCAGUCAUAUUUUAUUAAAGAACAUGAAAAAGUUUAUUUAAUUUCCUUCAGCAUGACAUUUUUUUUUAUAAUGAACUAUAAUAAAAUAUUACUGGUCAUAUAUAUUACUAAUUGUCCGUAGUUUCUUGUUGUUGAUGAUAAACGUGAUGAGGUCUAUGGCCGAAAGUAUUCAUUGGCACUGCCAUGUGUGGCUGAUUUAUGAUUUUUAUUAUUAUUACACAUAAUGGAUUGUUUUUGGCAUACAUAUGGCUAUGUCGUUUUUAUUAAUAUUUUGUAUUGUUAUAUAACUCAAAUGUAUACAGUUUUUAAAAAAAAUUGUGUCGAUAUUCAAUUCGUGUGUGUUUCAGUUCACAGUGCCCUUUUACCCAAGAGAUCUUUGGUUAUUUAUUCAUAGUUCACGCAUUCAUUUUAGUGUUUUCCGAUACUAAGAUGAUUGCGGCACACAUCUUAGGUAAGGUUGCCCAGACAGUUUAGUAAAAUGGAAAUGCAUGUUUGUGAUUUGUUCGAAUAAAACAAAUAUUUUAAAUACAA